AUGGCCUCCUCUACAAGGGCCAUAUGGGAAUGGAGUGAAGUCCUGGAGGGCCUACCACCCGCUUGGGACUGGGACACUAUGGGAAUACCGGAUGACCGCGACACUAGCUUGAGAACUGGGGACUUUGACCACCAGAGCCCUGGAAGUUACUCCGAGAGCUCACACCUCAAGCUGAAACUAGCUGUAGCUAAUGCCACCUUGACAACUCCACAAAGCGAUGAGCGACCACCACUCUCAUCCACUCCCUCUAGCAAGGGAGAGUACAUCGGAUCCGCCAAGCUUCUCAUAAGCUUGAGCCAGCAGUUCAAGGAAAGAUUCAUGAAUGGCUACACUAAGGACCCCUUCUUUCGCGAUAAAUGGAAAAAGGCAGGGAGCCUCAAUGUCUCUCCUUUUGAUGGCCAAUGCUUCUUCAGAGAUGAAGAGAGCCUGCUAUUCUUCCACUCGGAAGAUAACGUGGCACGACUUUGCAUACCUAGAGCAGAGACAGCGGGAAUAAUCGCAUGGGCGCACGACUCACCAUUUGAAGCCGCCCACAAAGGUCCGCACAAACUCGCGCUACGCCUAAGCAGUAAAUUCUACUGGCCAAGAUUGCGAGCAGAAGUCAUGAGCUAUGUUUCCUCCUGCGAUGUGUGUCAAAAGGUGAAGCAUGAUACAUGA